UUCUGUGGCGCCAAAAUUGGUGGGUUAAUUUUUAAUUUAUUUAAUUUGGGAUGAAGAAAUGCGCGAAGUACCUACGUGAACUUGUGAAUGGUUAGAGAAUAAUAUUUUUAAAAUUAUCGAAGAAAUAUGUCUAAACGUAAUAGCAUUGCAGCUUCAAAUACAUUGUUUAAUUAUUUCACCAAAACACCUCCCAGCAAUAAGAAAGCAAAGCAGAAUGGGGAAACCGAUAGUUCAACCAAACUAAACUCUCCUGUGAGCAGCAAAGAGAAAAUAGUUGAAAAUAAGAAACGAGAAAGGCUGCCAACUAAAUCUCCAGAGAUAAAUAAGGACAUAAGUGACAGUGAAGAUGAGGCACCAAUAUCUGUCAAGAAGAGGAAACGGAUCAGACUUAACCCAGUGGAAUCUGAUGAUUCAGAUGUUGAAAAUAAAACAGACAAUAAAAUUGAGUCUUCAAAAGAGAAAGUGUCCCUUGAGAAGAAACUGCAAGAUAGUUUCAAAUAUGAACCCGGAGACUCUCCAAAAGGCAGUAAAACCAAGAGAGUUGUUCCCAAUGAUGUUCCCCAAAUAAAAACUGAGCCUCAAGACACCCCUGCAGGACCCUCAACAUUAGCAGACGAAGGCAACUGGAUACACUGUAAGCUAGAUUGGCUGAAACCAGACAAGAUUCGAGAUGCUCACAAACGCAGGCCGGAUCACCCUGACUAUGACCCUUCAACAUUAUACGUACCUCCUGACUUUAUGAAGAUUCAGACACCAGCGCACAAGCAGUGGUGGGAAAUGAAAUCUGCACAUUACGACUGUGUGUUGUUCUUCAAAGUGGGCAAGUUCUAUGAGCUCUAUCACAUGGAUGCAGCUGUCGGGGUCAACGAACUCGGCUUUUCCUAUAUGAAGGGCGAAUUCGCGCACUCCGGAUUCCCCGAAAGCGCAUACGCACGUAUGGUGUCCACUCUGGUGUCCAAGGGAUAUAAGGUGGCGAGGGUGGAGCAGACUGAGACUCCUGAUAUGAUGCAGGAGAGAUGUAAAAAGAACGGUCUUACCAGCAAAUAUGACAAAGUGGUGCGUCGUGAAAUCUGCCAAGUGAGCCUCCGGGGCGCUCAAGCCCUGGGACUGCAGGACAGUGGGCCCGCCCAGGCUGCCUCCGAACAUAUGCUUGCGAUUGCUGAAGAGGAAAAUAACGGUCGCAGCACAUACGGCGUGUGCUUCAUAGAUACCACUAUUGGGCAGUUCCACCUGGGGCAGUUCAGUGACGACAAACAUUCGUCCAGGCUGCUCACCACACUUGCGCACUACCCACCAGCUUUGAUCAUUUUCGAUCGUAAGCACACAACUUCGCGAACAAGCAAGCUUCUAAGCACGCAUUGCCACAACGCACGUAGAGAGGCCACCAAUAUGUGGGCGCCGGAGAAAACGCUCAAAACGCUCGCCGAGAAGUAUUACAAGACCGAUGCGGAUGGUGACUGGCCGGAGGGGAUCAAGCCGUUUUUGCACGAAGGUGAUGCAUUAGGUCUAACUCCAGCACCAAACUGCUACCUAGCGAUCAAAGCACUAGGAGGCUGUGUAUCCUACCUCACACACUGUCUGCUAGACAUACAAACCCUUGGCAUGGCCCAGUUCGAACAGUAUUCACCCCCCGACGUGCUAAACACCACCUUAACACCUGAAGAUAAGGUAGAGAAUCAAUGGAGAGGCGGUAAUACGAUGGUGUUAGAUGCUAUAACGUUGAGGAAUUUGAGGAUAGUUCAAGAUGAGGGGUGUUUGUAUGAUAAAUUGAAUUUCUGUUCCACGCCUAUGGGUAAAAGGUUACUUUAUCAAUGGGUCUGUUCCCCAAGUUGCAACUUAUCAGUGAUCAAGGAGAGACAGGGGGCCAUAAAAGCGUUAUUCGAGAACCAGGAACUGUGUCAGGACGCUAAGAAUAUAUUGACUACUUUGCCCGACUUGGAUAGACUUUUGGCUAAAAUACACGCAUUGGGAAACCUUAACAAGUCAAAACACCAUCCGGACUCACGAGCAAUAUUCUACGAAGAGAAAACCUAUUCAAAACGAAAAGUACUCGAUUUCAUAUCCGUUCUCAAUGGUUUCACUGCAGCUCUCAAAUUGGCCGAGUUAUUCAGUGAUACACAGUCUGAUAUGCUAAAGAGAAUAACACAGUUCAGUCCCGAUGGAAGGUUUCCCGAUUAUAGAGAUACUUUGAAAUUCUUUAAGGGAGCUUUCAACCAAAAAGAGGCGGAGAAAGAAGGGCGUAUAUUGCCCGGUGAGGGGGUGGACCAGGAAUAUGAUAGCACGCUACAAGCUAUCAAAGAAAUUGAGGGCGACUUGAAGGAGUACCUCGCUGAACAAGAGAGUUACUUCAAAUGUAGGCUUCAUUACGUGGGUACAGAUAAGAAGCGUUACCAAAUCGAAGUUCCUCAGAACGCUGCGUCGAGGGCGGGCUCAGAAUAUCAUUUGGAAGGAGCAAGGAAAGGAUUUAAGAAGUUUUCCACAUCUGAAACUAAGGAAUUUCUGGCAAGAAUGAUCGCAGCAGAGGAACAGAAAACUAACGUGUUGAAAGACUUGAGUCGUCGAAUAUUCGAGAAGUUCUCGUCGAGUUACAACCAAUGGGAGAGCGCCAUAAAGUGUAUAGCAACAUUAGAUAUAUUGUUAUCCUUCACCGAGUUCGCGAGGCAGCAAAGUGGGGAUGUGUGUUUACCUGACGUUACAUUUGAAAAAGCGGACAAGCCAUACAUCAAUAUAGUGGAAGGCAGACACCCCUGCAUUCCCAUCGUGAACGAUUUCAUACCGAACGACACUCAGCUGGGAGCGGACAGCGCAAGGCUCCUGCUCCUUACGGGCCCCAACAUGGGCGGGAAAUCCACUCUUAUGAGACAAGUGGGACUUCUCACUGUAUUGGCGCAUUUGGGCAGCUACGUACCAGCUCAACAGUGCCGCCUCAGCCUGGUGGACCGCAUCUUCACUCGGCUGGGCGCUUCCGAUGACAUCUUAUCCGGCCAGUCCACUUUCCUCGUGGAGAUGAACGAGACGGCAGCUAUCGUCAAACACGCUACCUUGCACUCGCUUGUUUUGCUCGAUGAAUUAGGUCGCGGCACGUCAACGUAUGACGGCACGGCCAUAGCGUCGGGCGUGUGCGUAGAACUGGCAGAGAGGAGCUGUCGCUGUGUGUUCUCCACGCACUACCACUCGCUGGUGCACCAUCUGGCUUCACACCCCGGAGUGCAGUUGGGGCAUAUGGCCUGCAUGGUAGAAACAGAUGAAACAACACCGGACAACGAAGACGACAUCCCCGAAGAAACAAUCACCUUCCUCUACAAACUGUCCCCGGGAGCGUGUCCCAAGUCGUACGGCUUCAACGCGGCGCGCCUCGCGGGCAUCCCGCGCGACAUCACGGCGCGCGCGCACCGCGUGUCGCGCAACCUGGAGAAGGAGGCGACGUGUGUGCGCGCCUUUAGGGACUUGUUCAGGAUCAGUAAUGCUGCGGAGUUACGAAAGAUGCUGUCGGGUUUAAGCAUUUGAUUUGUGUAUAAAAAUUGAAGGCUCGUGUUUUUAAGUUCUAUGUAUUUUUAAGGUAGAUGCGUUCUAACGCAACGCAUAUACGUUACGGACGUUAAACGCGGCGUUAUUACCUCGCUAUGCAACCCAAACCCAAUGCAAAAGAGACAAAACAACACUUGACAACAAAGGCAGUAAUGCUGCGGAAUUACGGAAAAUGCUAUCCGGUUUAUAAAGAUUGGUUGUUUCACUUGUUCAGGAUUAGUAUUGCUGGGGAAUUGCAGGAUGUUGGGUUUUUAAACAUUUGAUUUUGUGUAUAAUAAAAAUUAAUGAGUCGUGUUUUUAAUUUCUAUGUACCUAGGUACUUUUAAGGUAAGGUUUCUUUGGUGCAUACUGACGCAGUGCAUAACUAUUACCUACACACUGACGCCAUAUAUUUAAUAAGUUCGAUUUCUGCGUUUAUAUAAACUAAGGAACCUUUAGGAUCGAUUCAUUUUGGCACCAAGAUGAAGCGACAAUCUUAUGCCUACUUCUAUUCCCAUAACGUAAUGCACCAGAUAAACGACGAGAUGGCGCGCGGCUUGUCUUGCCGGUUAGGGCCUGCACACAUAGGAGGACGGAACGGCAGAGGAUUUUGAAUUUAUAUUUUAUCCGAUCGUAAUAAGGUAUAUAUUCAGAGCAUCGCAAAAAAAUUAAAAUCCUGCCUUCCCGCCCUCCAAUAUACGCAGGCUUAGUUUUGUCGCUAUGCACAAGUUGUGCAUUUCUUUGUGCAGAUAGAGGUCAAAAUGCCAUGUAUUUUAGAUUGUCGCUUAGACUUUGUGUCAAUGUGAAUCGACAUUAUUUUAUCGAACAGUUUUACGUGCUAUUUUAGAUCGUUUUUAAUGCAGUGAAUCUCUUUGUUGAUUUCUUUUUAGUAUGUGAAAUUAAGUUGAUUUAUGAUUCUUUUAGUUAAGUGCUAAGGCUAAGUCGCUUUCAAUUUAUAUAAAAACGACCGCUUUACAAUCCCACCAAGUUGUCUGUAAUUAAUUAUCGUAUUUUUUUAUUGUUUAGUAUAAAAUUCACUGUUAUUACCUCACCGAAACUUGUGAUUUUAAAUAGUAUAGGUACCAACUAGACAGGUAUAAAACAAUACAAUGCUGUGAUUAUGCGAUUUAAUUGUAUGACGUUAAUGUUACCGUCUCUAAUUAUUUCAAUAAAUAUUUUA